AAAAAUCCUUCCCACACCCUUACCCCCGAACCCCUCCUCUACCCACCCCCACCCCCCCUUUGACCCCAUCCCAAAAAAAAUAAUCCCUACAAUUUUUUCCGUUUGUGGUCUAGUGUAAGAUUUUUAUGUAUUGUCAAAUGGUAAUAAAAAAACCAUUGGCUAAAAACUGAAUAUUUUUCUUGCCCCUUUUGUGUUUGUUAAUUUUAAGGAAUUUGUUUGUUUGUAAGGAAUUGUUUGUUUGUUUUGAUGAGAUUUUAAAUUGCCUUGUGAGGAGGUGGAAGACUGUGGGGGGUGUGUUUAAUGCACUGUGUAGACCUUUUCCACACACACAUGUAUGUACUCUGGAAAGUGUACACACCUUAAACUAUUAUCCCUGGUAGUACAAUACAGUAAUGUCUCCUUUAGCCAGAAUUCCUCAAACUCAGAACUCUCCUUUAGCCAGAAUUCCUCAAACUCAGAACUCUCCUUUAGCCAGAAUUCCUCAAACUCAGAACUCUCCUUUAGCCAGAAUUCCUCAAACUCAGAACUCUCCAUUAGCCAGAAUUCCUCAAACUCAGAACUCUCCUUUAGCCAGAAUUCCUCAAACUCAGAACUCUCCUUUAGCCAGAAUUCCUCAAACUCAGAACUCUCCUUUAGCCAGAAUUCCUCAAACUCAGAACUCUCCUUAGCCAGAAUUUCAAACUCAGAACUCUCCUUACCAGAAUUCCUCAAACUCAGAACUCUCCUUUUAGCCAGAAUUCCUCCAAACUCAGAACUCUCCUUUAGCCAGAAUUCCUCAAACUCAGAACUCUCCUUUAGCCAGAAUUCCUCAAACUCAGAACUCUCCUUUAGCCAGAAUUCCUCAAACUCAGAACUCUCCUUUAGCCAGAAUUCCUCAAACUCAGAACUCUCCUUUAGCCAGAAUUCCUCAAACUCAGAACUCUCCUUUAGCCAGAAUUCCUCAAACUCAGAACUCUCCUUUAGCCAGAAUUCCUCAAACUCAGAACUCUCCAUUAGCCAGAAUUCCUCAAACUCAGAACUCUCCUUUAGCCAGAAUUCCUCAAACUCAGAACUCUCCUUUAGCCAGAAUUCCUCAAACUCAGAACUCUCCUUUAGCCAGAAUUCCUCAAACUCAGAACUCUCCAUUAGCCAGAAUUCCUCAAACUCAGAACUCUCCAUUAGCCAGAAUUUAAAUUUCCCAAGGGCCACAUUUUCCAGAAAUACCUCAACAAAAUUUCCAGUACCCAGAAAAUUCCAGGGAUGGGGGGAUAUUUUUGCCAGAUUUGUAAGUCGUCUGGUUACCUGGAUAUCUGUCAUUCCUGGAAGUGUUAUGGACCAAUUGUUCCAGCUAACAGAUGCGUAUAUCACUUUCAUAAUCCCCCAGAAUUUAUAAAUAAUAUCCAAGUCACGUUUUUCCUUCACUUACCAAAU